AGCGCCGGGCGGCGGCGGGGAGAUGCGGCUGCUGGCACUGGCGGCGGCCGCGCUGCUGGCGCGGGCUCCGGCUCCGGAGGUCUGUGCGGCCCUCAAUGUCACUGUGUCUCCGGGGCCCGUGGUUGACUACCUGGAGGGACAGAAUGCCACUCUCCUCUGCCACGUCUCCCAGAAGAGGCGGAAGGACAGCUUGCUGGCCGUGCGCUGGUUCUUUGCACACUCCUCCAACUCCCAGGAGGCCUUGAUGGUGAAGAUGACCAAGCUCCGGAUGGUGCAGUACUAUGGGAAUUUUAGCCGCAGCGCCAAACGGCAGAGGCUGCGCCUGCUGGAGGAGCAGCGGGGGACGCUCUACAGGCUCUCCGUCUUGACACUGCAGCCCUCUGAUCAAGGGCAUUACGUCUGCAAAGUGCAGGAAAUCAGCAGGCACAGGAACAAGUGGACGGCCUGGUCCAACGGCUCCUCAGCCACAGAAAUGAGAGUCAUUUCCCUCAAAGCUUCUGAAGAGUCAUCCUUUGAGAAAACGAAAGAAACUUGGGCAUUUUUUGAAGAUAUCUACGUGUAUGCUGUCCUCGUGUGCUGCGUGGGGAUCCUCAGCAUUCUACUCUUCAUGCUGGUCAUCAUCUGGCAGUCUGUGUUUAACAAGCGGAAAUCCAGAGUGAGACAUUAUUUGGUGAAAUGCCCUCAGAACAGCUCAGGGGAGACUGUCACUAGCGUGACCAGCUUGGCCCCACUACAGCCCAAGAAGGGCAAGAGGCAGAAGGAGAAGCCUGACAUUCCUCCUGCAGUCCCUGCCAAAGCUCCGAUAGCCCCCACGUUCCAUAAACCGAAGUUGCUGAAACCACAGAGAAAAGUCACCCUGCCAAAGAUUGCUGAGGAAAACUUAACCUAUGCCGAGCUGGAGCUGAUCAAACCCCACCAGGCUGCCAAAGGCGCCCCCACCAGCACUGUCUACGCCCAGAUCCUCUUCGAGGAGAACAAGCUGUAGCACCGCAUCCUCCUCCAAGGUUCUAUUUAAUGCCUGCCACCCAGUGAUUUAUGAAGCCUUGGAGACAAAGCCCUUAUUUCUAUAUUUUCACUCGUGCCUUCUGAGUGGUGGGGAGCCCCCUUUUCAGCCACAUUCUGGGUGCUUUCGAAGAGGUACAAGGCUGCUCUCCCCAAAAGAAUAGGGGCCACGGAUCUUGACAGAUCUCCCGGGACAAGAUGCACCUGGGCCUGAGCCUUGAGCGUAAGGACUCUGAUCCUGAGAGCAGCCAAAGAGAUUUUCUGCUGAGCCAAACCCCUUCACAUUUUCUUCCUCUUUCCCUAGGUUUUCUUUAAAAUCGUUUUUAAAUCUUAAUUCUACUCUCUACUCUUCCUGUAUCUGUGAUACAAGCUCAUAGUAUAUAGCUAGAGGAAAUACCAUUAUGGACCCAACUGUAAGAUGGCACACAUGUUGGUUUUCCAAGGAUCAGAUGGCAUUGCCAGCACCGCCUGAGAUGACAUCUCUUGUUAUAAAUAGAUGCACUGACCCUGGAGAUUAAAGCCAGAGGGGCAGACUGACCAGAAGUAUAAGGUCUGUCUCUGAAUGCCAUGGUGCCCACCUAUGAGACCCUGAGAUCGCAGGACAAGAAGAACACCAUUCUAGAGGGCUUUCAUCCCUUUGGCAAAGUGGACCUGUAGUGAUAGAGAAAUGUACUCUCUGAGAAGUGCUUACUCACCCUUUUCCAAAGGAGCAGAGGUGUUGGCCAUCAGGAGCCACACUGGAGCGCAUGGGCCUCUUCACUGUGUGCCAAGCUCAGUCACAUCUGAUUCAGCACUUGAGGGUGUCUGCUGCCGGGUGCCCUCAGGGUAGGAGAGUGGGAAGUACACGCCAAGCUGGAAAGUGUAUUCUGAAGACUUUCCUCUUGCCAAGUGCCUUGCCCAUUGCAACCUUGUGUGUGAAUUCUAAUGGGUUCGAAUGGGGGUCAGGGGUGCAUGGGGAAGUUGUUCUGUGGACCUGUGGGACACAGGAAUCUUGGACUCACUGGCAGAGAAUCCAUUCUGGAAGCAUCAUCCUGUCAACUGCGUUGUUGAGGACAUUUCUUGAUGUGUGAGUGUAGUCUGGGUGGCUAUUUACUGCACACUAUAGAAAUCGUUUGACUAUGUAGUGGACCAUUUGUAUAUGAUAAAUUAUCUAUUUUAAACACAGCUGGGAUAUGAGUUGUGCCCUCUAUAUAGCUGUGUGAACUUGACUGAGUUUCUUAUCACCUAAUAAUCUCAGACUCCAUGUUUGUGUAAAGAUGACUUAACUUCCCAUAGAAUUCUUGAGGGUAAAAUGGGGUAAUGAAUCUUGCCAGGUUCUAGAAACUGUAAAUUGCUACAUAAAUGCUCCGUGUUGACAUUCAUGCUAAAGCCAGUCUGCAUUUUCAAAAUGAAAAUUUCUUCACUAUUUAAGGCUUUCAUUGCAAUAACUUUAAAAAGCAAAUAUUUGUCCACCAACUUAGCCCUACAGUAAUGUUCCCGAAGACUCAUGAAAGUUUAUGAUUUAUUGGAAAGGAUCCAAAUUGGAAGCAGAUAUUGAUUUUCUGGGAGCAAACCGGUCUGCCGUUACAAAGUGGAAGUUCACCCUCUGUGGAUGACACCUGUGUCUCCUUCCUCCCUCUCUGCCAGAUCUCAAAGGCAGUGAAUAAACCAUGCAGCUUUUGAGGAAGAAAGA